AGGUAAGACCAGGUUACUGUGGCUUUGCCCGGCCUGGGCUGCAGCCGGGGGAGGGGCGAUGGAUACAGAUGUAUUCUCCUUUCUCCCCUUUCCUCUUAGUUUAAGGCUCCGAGGCGGUGCAUGCAGAUGGGGAGUAAGUUUCCUGGAGGGGAGGGUGGAUGCACCCGGGCAGAGCCCUACGUUGCAAAUUUCUCGGAGGGAAGGAGAGAAGAGUCUGCAUGCGGAGACUUUUUAAGUUGCUAGCUUGGAGAGGAGGAGGGUUGUACUGUAAGUGAGUAGCGCUGAGAGAGGAGGCGGCUCUGUCAUAAAUUAAUAUUGAAAUUACUCCAUCAGUCCUGCACCCCCUCCUUCCCCCCCACCCCCCAGCCGAGACCGGUCUCCUGGUCGGAUUGCACACACAUGCACUUGUUGCAGAGACAUCUAAGAUGCUGCCUGGGCAGAAGUCUUAGAAGCUGAUCUGCAUAAUCCUCAAACAGCCAUACCAGACCCCUUCCCCCACCCUGUGAGCAGCAUGCAAACAGCAUGACGGGCCUUAGAAGAAGUGACCAGAGCCAAAUCCUUUACUCAGCCAACUGCUGCCAAGGUCACGGAGUGAAUUGCAUCUCAUUGACCAUUCACCCUUUGGCCUGUGCCCUGCCCCUUGUGAAGACGUGAAGCCAUCUGCACUGGCCAUCAGUGUCGUGGGUUGACCAGGAGCCCCCCGCUCCCGCCAUGUGCAUGUACUCCUCAGCUGUGGAGUAGCUCCAGUGGUAGCUCUCAGCCUAUCUCAGGGUUUCAUUUUUUUUUUCCUGGCCCUUCCUUUCCCUCCCCCCUUUAUUUUUAAUGGUUUUGGUGCCUCUGUAUUUAGGACCAAGUUGGGAGCCAUGGGGGAUCAACAGAUGUACAAAGCUAAUCAUACCAUCCAUGGUAAUGAGAACCUUUACUACCAACAGCCACCACACAGUGCUCUGAGUGGGGGCAAUGGGAUCAACCACAGUUAUGGGGGUACUGCAUCCACGGGGGGUGGCAUGGAAGCUUCCCAGGCCUCUCCUCUGUCUCCCCACUUCCCCCAGGAUUCUCGGGACAGCCUGGGCCUGGCAGCUGGUCCCAAGAACCUCGGCUUGAUGGACAACUCAAGGCAGACGGGUUGGGGGAGCCACGCCGGACCAAACAACCACAUCCAGCUGCGUGGCAGCCUCUCCAACCCCAAUGUGAUGUGGGGGGCGUCUGCUCAGGUAGAACAUGCUGAAGGCUACCCAUACGCCUAUCCUCAGUCCAACGACAUCCGGGCCCAGAAGAUCACCAGCGGAGUCCUUCACAAGUUAGACUCUUUCACCCAGGUGUUUGCCAACCAGAACCUGAGGAUCCAGGUCAACAACAUGGCCCAGGUGCUACAUAGCCAGUCAUCAGUGAUGGACGGUACCAGUGACAGUGCCCUCCGCCAGUUACUGUCCCAGAAGCCCUCCGAACCUCAGGCAGUGGCAGCACCUCCCGCCGCUGUACCUCCCCGCUACCAGCAGAUGCCCCAUCAGGCCCACUCUGGUUUCUCCAAUGGUCCACCCAAGCCAGCUAUGCAGGGUGGGCAGCACCCCUCCCAAGCCCAUCUGUAUUAUGACUACCAACAGCAGAUGGCCCAGAUGCCUGCCCAGGGCAGCCAGCCCAUGCAAGGUCAACAGAUGCUGCCGCAGUCGAUGCCACAGAUGCAGCAGGCACAUUACUAUCUGCAGCAGCCGCAAUCGGGACAGCAGCGGAUGCCCAUACCAGAUAUGCAGCAACAACAGCAGCAGCAGCAACAGAGCAGGGCACAGCAGCUGCUGCCCCCGGCGCCCCAGCGCCCCUGCUCCAUACAAUUACCUCAUUAUUAUCCAACACAGCCCAUGAUGCCCCAGUUACCACAGCAGCAGCAGCAACAGCAACAACAAAUGCAACUCCAGCCCACCUCCUAUCACAGGGACCCCGGCCCCAAAUCUGUGCAUGAUCCUCACCAGUAUGCCCAGGAGCAGGCCCCCCAUCCGGUUCAGCUUAUCCAGCUGGGAUCUGUGCCCCAGUAUUUCUACCAGGACCCUCAGCAACAGUACAGCCGACACUUCUACCAGCAGAGCCUCUUGCAACAGCAGCAGCAGCAACAUCGUGAGAACGUAUCACAGAAGAAUUACCAGAGUGACCGGCAAGCCCAGGCCAUGCUGAGCUCCCACGGUGCACUAGGGCUCCCUGACCCGGGGGUGGACGACAUGAACUCAGUUGGAAACAGUCUCCCCCAUAGGCCUCUGCUGCCACAAGUGGGGAUUCACCUCAACAGCAAGGGACCCCAGCACCAGCAGCUGUCUCCUGGUUCUAUGUGGUCCCAGAUGCACCUCUCUGAUGGCCGAGCCCAACCAGUGUCUCCUGAUCCAAGCGCUCAGCCCGCAGGGGUAUUUGGGGAACAGCUCGAUGCUAAGAACAAAUUGACAUGUUCCAUCUGCUUCAAGGAGUUCAAGAGUCUGCCUGCCCUGAACGGCCAUAUGAGGUCGCAUGGGGGCAUGCGAGCCUCCCCCAGCUUCAAGCAGGAGGAAGGAGAGAAGGCUCUGCAGCUCCAGCCACCUCCACCACCCCAGCAGCAGCAGCAGCAGCAGCAGCCGCCCCAGCAGCAGCCGCCACAGCCACCGCCGCCUCCGCCGCUGCCGCCCCAGUCACAGCUCCCUCCCGAGGUGGAAAACCCCCUUCCUAUCGUCAUGCCCGUGUCUGUCCCUGUCAAGCUUCUCUCGCCUGAGCCCAGCCCACAGGUCAUCACCAACAACAUCACUGCUGCCAGAGACAAGCCGGCCAGCUCGAUGUCGGACGACGAGAUGCCCGUUCUCGUGAGGAUGACCCUCUCUCCCCCGAAUUCACCCAAAGUGGCUGCCCCCUGUGCACCCUCUGAAAUUCCCAGAAAGCAUCAGCCAGGCAUGGCCAGAGCUGAAGAACACUUUAAGCCCACCCAGGACAAGAAGAAAUAUCGCCACCGUCCAGAACCGCUCUUCAUCCCCCCUCCCUCCUUUAACCUGAACUCCUCCUCUUACUCAGCCGCCACCUUGUAUCAGAGCCAACUUCGAUCCCCCCGCAUCCUUGGGGACCACCUCCUAGACCCUGCUCAUGAGCUGCCUCCCUACACGCCCCCACCUAUGCUGAGCCCUGUCCGGCAGGGUUCUGGCCUCUUCAGCAAUGUCAUCAGCACCUCCUCCCACAGCGGCCCCCACCCGCAGCUGCCGCUCACUCCCCUGACCCCCACAGCCAGAGUGCUCCUCUGCCGAUCGAAUAGCAUCGAUGGUGGCAACUCAGCACUCACACCAGGCCUUGGGGAACAGGCAUUGGACAUUGAACCACGCAUCAACAUUGGUGUGAGAUUCCAAGCUGAGAUCCCUGAACUCCAGGAUUUGUCUUCCCUGAGCAAAGACACACACAAGGCCACACUGGUGUGGAAGCCCUGGCCAGAGCUGGAAAACCAGGAAUUCCAGAAGAGAGUGGAGAAUCUGCUAAAUCUGUGUUGCUCGAGUGCAUUGCCAGGGGGAGGGACAAAUUCCGAAUUUGCCUUGCACUCUCUCUUUGAGGCCAAAGGGGAUAUUAUGGCUGCUUUGGAAAUGCUCCUGCUGAAGAAACCCAUCAGAUUUAAAUGUCAUCCUUUAGCAAAUUACCACUAUGCUGGAUCGGACAAAUGGACCUCCUUAGAAAGAAAACUAUUUAACAAAGCACUAGCCACUUACAGCAAAGAUUUUAUUUUUGUACAGAAGAUGGUGAAGUCUAAGACUGUGGCCCAAUGUGUUGAGUACUACUACACAUGGAAAAAAAUCAUGCGCUUAGGCCGGAAACAUCGGACGCGCCUUGCAGAGAUCAUAGAUGAUUGUGCCGUCAAUGGCACACUUAGGAAGACACCUCUGGGUGGAGCAAAGACAAGUGAAGAAGAAGAGGAUGUAGAAGAUGAUGAUGACUUGGAAGAAGAGAGAAAAUCCACAAAAGAAGAUGACCCAGAUGUGCAGAAGUCCCCGGAUCCUCCCCCAAUCACGCUUGUGGCACCCAUGGACCUGCCGACGCUUCAGAGCCUUACGCCCUCCUCAGUCUCCUUUGUCUGUGAAAUGCCAAACUGUGGUGCUGUGUUCAGCUCUCGGCAGGCACUGAAUGGCCACGCUCGCAUCCACGGUGGUACAAACCAGGUGGCCAAAGCCCGGUGCUCGGGUCCCCCUGCAAAACAGAAACAAGGUGCCCAGAGUGGGUACUGUUCUGUGAAGAGCUCACCAGCUCACAGCACAACGAGUGGUGAGACCGACCCAACCACAGUCUUCCCCUGCAAGGAGUGUGGAAAGGUAUUUUUCAAGAUCAAAAGCCGAAACGCCCACAUGAAGACACACAGGCAACAGGAGGAGCAACAGAGGCAAAAAGCCCAGAAAGCUGCAGUUGCUGCCGAAAUGGCAGCUGCUAUUGAGAGGACUACUGGGCCAGUGGGACCUGGGUUGAUUCCCCUGGACCAUCUGAGUUUAAUAAAACAUGUGGAGGAUAUUGACAUUCUCGGUGAUGAUGUCGUCCAGGAGUUGGGAGGUGUCAUGGAAGAGACUGAGGUUGUGGAUACAGACCUCUUCUUGGAUGAUGACACCACUCUACUGCAGGGUGACACCGAACUGUAAAAAACCCAAUGUCCCUAAGAGAUGAUUCAAGCCCUUGGCUCUCAUCCUCAACGGUCAGGAAUCCGUGACUGCCUGCAUUAUUUGCAACCAUUUAAAACUACCUGUUUUACAAAGGAGUUCCUUUUAUUCAGGUCCAAAAAAAACAAAAGAAAAAGAAAAAUCUUUAUUUUUUUUCCUUUUUUAAAAAAAAA